AUGUCUUCUUCCGUGCCCCCUCCCAAUCAGCCCCCGUCGAACCCAGAGAAACAGCCCGAUAACCCCUCGUCUAAAGAAGCAAGCCAGCAAGAUGCUGCAAUGGACACAGCGCCCGACCAAACAGAAGAAACUUGGGGCGACAUUCCGGAAGAUAUCAUGUCUCUCAACACCGAUGACAUCCUAACAAGAAUACGGCUCAUUGACAACGAUAUUAAGGUUUAUUGUGCACGCUUAAACACUCCCUAUUUACUCAACUCCGUGCAGGUGAUGCGCUCAGAAACAUUGCGAUUACAACACGAACAGAACGUUAUGAAGGAGAAAAUAAGGGAUAACGGAGAGAAGAUCAAACAGAAUAAAGUCUUACCCUAUCUCGUUGGAAACGUUGUAGAGGUGCAUAUGAUUUCCCACCUUUGUCUGGGUAUCUCACUCAAGCGACUACAGAUUCUUGACGUUGACCCCGAGGUAGAGGAAGACGGUGCUAUAAAGGAUUUAGACUCAAUGCGCAAAGGGAAAUGUGCCGUCAUCAAGACCUCCACUAGACAGACGGUCUUCCUCCCACUAAUCGGACUUGUUGCUGCUGAGAAACUCAAGCCCGGCGACCUUGUCGGAGUGAAUAAAGAUUCCUACCUUAUUCUUGAUACACUACCCGCCGAAUUCGACUCCCGAGUAAAAGCGAUGGAGGUAGAUGAGCGGCCAACGGAAACAUAUACGGAUAUUGGAGGCUUAGAGAAGCAGAUCGAGGAACUCGUUGAAGCUAUCGUGCUCCCAAUGGAACAGGCAGACAAGUUUAAGACCCUCGGGAUCCAACCUCCGAAAGGAUGUUUGAUGUAUGGACCUCCAGGUACUGGGAAAACCCUUCUAGCGCGUGCAUGUGCAGCACAAACGAAAGCUUGCUACUUGAAGCUCGCUGGCCCGUCGCUGGUUCAAAUGUUCAUCGGUGACGGCGCAAAGCUCGUCCGUGAUGCGUUUGCACUUGCAAAGGAGAAGGCUCCAGCUAUCAUCUUCAUAGAUGAGCUCGAUGCUAUCGGUACAAAGCGUUUUGACUCAGACAAGAGUGGAGAUCGUGAAGUGCAGAGAACUAUGCUCGAACUGCUAAACCAGCUCGAUGGGUUUAGUAGCGAUGAACGUAUCAAGGUCAUAGCAGCUACCAACAGAAUUGACAUUUUAGAUCCCGCUCUACUUCGUUCCGGCCGUUUAGAUAGAAAAAUCGAGUUUCCACUACCCAACGAAAAAGCCCGAGCACGUAUCAUCGAGAUUCAUUCUCGGAAGAUGACAUUGUCCGAAGAUGUAAACUUCGAAGAGUUGGCGCGCAGUACGGAUGAGUUCAACGCGGCACAGUUGAAAGCUGUGUGUGUUGAAGCCGGAAUGAUUGCGUUGAGAGAGGGCGCCAGCAAGCUUGGACAUGAACAUUUCUUAUCAGGGAUAGCAGAGGUGCAAAGUAAGAAGAAGAAUGACCUUAUGUACUUUGCAUAG